GAUAAUGAUGACGAUGUGAAAGGCUGUCAAAUUAAAUAAGCACUUACUCGCAAAUGGCUGUUGGACGUUCGAGCGUACGGUACGUGUUUAAAUGCAAAGAAAUUCCUAAGCGAAGGUGCGGCUGAAAAUCUGAAUAGGCAGAAGAGGAAGCAUAAGUAAUAUAAUAAUAUACAUAAAUAUAUGCUAAUAAAAUGUCUAUGGUGCGUGUUGAGAAAAAAUAGAAUAAGGAAAAAGAAAUUGCUAAAUUGAGUUGCAAAGAUUCAAAUGAAAUUCAAUUAAAUUUAAUGAUGCAGUGGCGAUAAUGAUCGCAUAAAGCAUUUAAUAUAAAGCGUGCAAAUUUCAAAAUAAUCGUAAUUUUUUGUAGUAGCCACAUAAAAGUGAAAAAUAUAAAAAAAUCGUUGUAUGAAUACAGCGCAAAUACACUUCAUCUGAGUAUAAAAUCUAUGCAUAUACCUUUGAUGUGUAUGUAUUUGUGUAGGUACUACUUAUAGCAAGGCGCGCAAGGCGUAUGAGUAACCUAAAAUACCCAACUGAAUCACGCGACGUUCUAAUACAUUAAAACCAAGUAGUGGGACAAAGGAGGAACCAGUGUAUUUGAGAAUUAAGUGAAAUUUAGCGAGAUUUGCAGUAACCUGCAUACAAUCAACAACUACAACAACCACAACCAAAAAAUCGUAAAAACGGCGUAUAGUAAUCUAGCAAAAGCACACAAAUACAAUUUAUACUGACAUAUAGCACGCACACACACACACACGCCUACAUACACGUGCACACCACCUACAACGACACAUACAACCAAAUAGCGCAUAUUUGAGAGUCACGUAGUUAUAUGCCAAUUGAGUGCCUUAUAUCCUUUGAUAAUAAUCCUCAAGGUGUUUACUAUGCUGGACAGGAGCUAUCCGGCAUUGUUGACCUCAGCGUCGACGCAACAAAGCGCAUUAAAGCAAUACACAUCACAGUUAGCGGCUAUGCAAAGAUACGCUGGAUAAAAAAGGGCUACCCACGCGAUAGUGAACGUGCUAUGUGUCGUGCUUAUCGUUCGUAUUUGUCGUCACGCUCGUAUGUGCUCGGCUCGUGUGCGAACAGUUCGUGUAUGGACUGGUCGGCCGGCGAUUAUUCGUAUACGUUUCACGUAAUACUGCCAGAGAAUCUGCCUACUUCGUUCGAUGGAAAAUAUGGGCAGAUUCAUUACGAGAUUAUCACCACAAUCGAUCGGCCAGCCCGAUAUCCGAAAGUCUUCAAGUUGCCAUUUACGGUAAUACAACCGUUGGAUUUGAAUGUGGACACUAUUUAUAGGGUUCCCCUCGAAAUCCUCGAUCGUAAGCGCUUCUGGAGCUUUUGCUGCCCCACAGGCCCGUUAACUGUGAAAUUCUCCACACCCUAUUGCGGUUAUGCACCCGGCCAAAAAAUCCAUUUCGUCCUUUAUAUCAAUAAUGAAUCGUCCAUUGACAUUACCGACUGUGAAGUGAAGCUGAAACAGGAGGUUAGCUACGAAUCGCAUGAUCCACAACAUGAAUACCGUUAUGACAAACAUCUCAUCGCACGCAAACAAUUCGGUAAUGUUCUGCGUUGGAGCCGUAAAGUGUAUCGUGGUUUUCUUAGUUUACCUUCCAUACCGCCGUCAUCACUGAAAAUCGCUUGUCCUAUCAACAUCACGUAUCUGAUAAAAGUCAUUAUUAAACCAACUGACUUUCAUUGGAAAAUGAAAUUGAAAAUACCCUUAACCAUUGGUAGUAUACCGAUUAUAGAUAGCAUGGCAGCAGCUGCAGGAUUGCCAAGCUUAUUAGAAACACAAUAUGCGGUGAGUCGUGGCUAUUAUAGCGGGCGAAGACUGCAGGACAUAGCAGCGUUACGACAAAAUGUGAGCGAAAAUGAGCAACAUUUUGCUGGUGGUGAAGGUGGAGCAGGUGAAAGCGGUGAUCAGCAAAUGAAUGCGGAUAUGGCAGGUGGAGCGAAUGGUGAACAAACAGUACCAACACUGCUAAUAACCGAUGGUGAUAAUCCGCCCGACUAUAAGCUUAUGAUGCCACCUUCCUACGAGGAUGCCAUGGCGUUAAGUGAUAAAUUCUGUGAUGACAGCGAAUACUUGCAAAAUGUCAGCCUAAGUAGUAUUGUCUCCAAUGGCACGACAGAGUCGUUCAAGCCACGCUACCCCGUCUACUAUGAAUACGAAACGCCAAUCAUACCGCCCGAAACACUGUACGAUGAAUCACCCUCGCAGCUGCGUAUCGAACUACAGACAUCGGAUUCAUCAGAGGCAUCACAUCAACCGCUUAGUGCCGCCAGUUUCAAUGUCUUUCGUAAAGAGAAGAAAUAAAUUAUCGUAAGGACUUCAAGAAGUGCUUAGUAAGGCUAAAUAAAAAAUAACAAAAAAUUAAUUUAAAUUUCAUACAAAUGAAGUCGGAUAUCACUGUGUGAUAUCUGAUACGCACAUAUUAUAAUUAACGGUAACAAAGUAAGAAAAUUGCUGUAAUCUUAAACUCAUUUAAGUAACGAUAAUGAAGGCGAAAAAUUAAAAAGGAAAAAGAAAAAAACGAUUAUUCGUUCUAUCAACACUUUAAAAAUAUAGAUAAAACAUAGAUAUAGAAAUAUAUGUAUAUGUAAAUGUCAAAAUCAUAAAACGCACCCACUCACUGAAAUACACACUUAUGCAUGUAAUGCGCAUACUAUGAAAGCUUAAGUACUCAUAAAAUAAUUAAAUAAGUAGCUAUUUAGAUAACUGAAAUCUUUAAGUUCAACAAUGAUUUGAAACACCAUAUUAAAGCCAAACAAACAAGGGUACAUACAGUAUUGUGCAAAAUCUUAGCAACUUUUGAAUGGAUGGAGAAUCAUGCCAACACAUGCCAACAAGAUAGGGUGCGGUCGACCUGUUCAAUAAAGCCUGUUGCUUACGUUCAGCUGAUAACCUGAGCGAAGAAGUUACUAUGCGUAGGAUGUUAUAAUUGCAAGAGUUAGAAACAGGUAGGAAAAGAAGUGCCUAUUUAUUAUCAACCUUAAUAACUACUGAGAUACACGGCCCGGGAAAAAAUUUAGCACUUCAACAUUUUGACCAAUACAGACUACUUUCUUGUUUUGCUUUUGAUUGUUUAUUAAUUUUUUUUAUAAAAAUAUAGCUCAUUAACUAACAAAAAUUAUAUGAAUCCGAAUUUUAAACUUUGCUCAAAAAUUAAAAAAAUUCGCCAAUUUUUCAUUAAAAUUUCCAACUUUUUAAUCAAAUUAAAAAAAAUAUGUACAUGUUUUACAACUUAUUAGAUUUUUGUGUAAUAAACUGUAAGUUUCCAAUGGCUCAAUAAUCCAGCUGAUGUUUUGGAAUUUUUUUCCUUGACGAUGUUGAGCAAUUGCUCCAUAUACCACAGAAAUUUUGCGCAUUCGUUAUAUGGAGAAAAAUUCAUAUAAUCAUCAAAGGAAAAAAUUAUAAAAAAUCAACUUUUGCAACUAAAAUUUAAUAAGGUAUAAAACUGCAUACCAAACGUUUUUAUAAAAUGUCUAAUUAAAAACUUUGUGCUAACCAAAAAAAUAAAAAAAAAAUGUUCAUUGAAAUUUUAAAGUUUGCAACCAUAAUUUUUAGAAAAAUUUAGAAUAUGCGGCAUUAUAGCCCCAUUAGAAGGGGCUACAAAAUCGCGUUGACUUAAGAUUUUUUUUCCUUGACAAUGUUGCGCAUUCUCUUCAUGUAAGAAAAAAAGUCAAGCAUUCGUUAAGUGCAAGAAAAUGCAGAACACCGUUAAAAAAAAUUGUCGAAAAUCAACGCGAUUUUUGAGUCACUUGAAACUUACUCUUCAACAUACAAAAAUUAUAUAGGCUCAGAAAUUGCGAUGUUAGAAUUAUUCUAAAACUUCUGAUUAAAAAAUCCGAAAUAUCGGUGGAAAUUUUAUUGAAUUCUAUUUCUAAUUUGGGCAGCGCUUGUAACUGAGUUUUACUUAUACGAGUAUGGUUUUGUUGUAGUAUGAACGAUGUUUUUAUGGAUAAUUAAUAAAAAAAAAUAAAAAAAUAAAUUAAAUAGAAAUAAAUAAAUAGUCAAAAGUUUGCAAUUUGUCGCGCUGCUGUUGUUGAGGACACAGGUGCACAUGUUUGAGCUCAAAAUGGACUUCCUAAGACUCAGUUACCUAUGAUUCAUCAUCAUAGCAUCACAGUUCGGAGUGAACCAUUUCUUCCGUUGCAAUUCGCUUGUGGGUCACCCGGUCAUCAGCUUUUCGUUUAAUAAAAUAUAUGUCCAUAGCUCCAAGGUCGCCUUCAACGUUAUCUCUUCAUUGUUUUCUCGGCUGGCCUCUUCUUCUGCCGCCUUGACGAUUUGUUUCGAAGAUAUUUUUUAGAGUUCUAUUGUUGCUCAUUCGUAAAAUGUGUUCGCACCAUCGAAUCUCUUGCGCUUUGACGUACAUGAUUACAUUUGCACCCCUGAUAAUUGUGUCUAACUGGUUGUUGUACCGAAUGCGGUAAGAACCGUCUUCAAGUUGACAGGUCCAUAUAUUUUUCUUAGAAUCUUUCAUUUUACUGGAUUUCAGAACCCGUAUGUGAGUGUAGGUCUUAUACCGUUGUGUAAAUUGAAAUUGUAGCUUCUGGUUUCUAGAAAGUAAUCUCAACUUCAUCAACUUUGUAUGCGCCAAAGAAGACUUAUUUGCAGCUUGUAUCCGGUCUUGUAUGGCACUAGAUGUAUAUUUCUGUGUGAUCAGCAUAACUUCAAGAUACUGAAAUUCAUUGACCAUUUCAAAGCUAUUGCUGCCAAUUUGUAAGUUAUGUGUUGCGUUGCGGGCUGCACCUUCCAUAUAUGUAUUUAGUUUUUUCUCAGUUAAUGAUAAGUCCUUUCAUCCUAGCAGAUGAUUCUAGAUGCAUAAAUGUUUCUUGUACAACCUGUUUGUUUCUGGCUAUUAUUACGAUGUCAUACGCUUAGGCACAAAUUUAUGUGGAUUGGGAAAAACUUGUGCCUCCGGGAUCUAUAUCAGCUAUAACAGCAUGAAAGCGCAUCUCCCUAUUUUAAACCUGGGAUCACUUCUCACUUUUGUCCAAGUGUUUGGUAAUGUUAUGCCAAUCAGGCGUACUAUGUAGUUUACAAGGUACAUAUGCCUAACAUCUUUAAAAUUACCUAUCAAACUUAGCGUUAAAGCCCGUGUAUAUUUUUUACACUUCCAACUGACAAGAGUGAGAAGAAAUGUAUACUGUGAAGUUUUGUUUCACUUGUUUCGGAAUAUAUUAGAAUAAUAGAUAUUUAUUUUCUUUUGUAUAAAGGACUAGCAUUCCCCAGUGGGCUUCGCACCACCAUACAUAAAAUGUUUUUUUAUAUUGA